GGAGGGUGGUUGUCGGCUCUCGACCAGCUUUGCUGAGACGCUUCCUGCCUCUUACACUCCGUCCCCAGCCCUUGCCCUGUGGCAGGCGCUCGGGCUCAAGAUGAAUCUCAACUUCACCUCCCCUCUACACCCGGCGUCUUCUCAGAGGCCCACGUCCUUCUUCAUCGAAGACAUCCUGCUGCACAAGCCCAAGCCACUAAGGGAGGUGGCCCCUGACCAUUUCGCCAGCUCUCUGGCCUCCCGGGUGCCUCUGCUAGACUAUGGCUACCCCCUCAUGCCCACACCCACCCUCCUGGCUCCUCAUCCCCAUCACCCUCUGCAUAAGGGAGAUCACCACCACCCUUAUUUCCUCACCACCUCGGGGAUGCCGGUCCCCGCGCUGUUCCCGCACCCCCAGCACACCGAGCUGCCGGGAAAGCACUGCCGUCGCCGCAAAGCUCGCACGGUUUUCUCGGACUCGCAGCUCUCCGGCCUGGAGAAGAGAUUCGAGAUCCAGCGGUACCUGUCCACGCCAGAGCGGGUGGAGCUGGCCACGGCCCUCAGCCUGUCCGAGACCCAGGUGAAAACGUGGUUCCAGAACCGGCGGAUGAAGCAUAAAAAGCAGCUGAGGAAAAGUCAAGACGAGCCCAAAGCGCCCGAUGGGCCCGAGAGCCCUGAGGGGAGCCCCCGCGGCCCAGAGGCCGCGCCUUCCGAGGCUCGGCUAGGCCUGUCCGCCGGCCCCUUCGUGCUGACCGAGCCGGAGGACGAGGUGGACAUUGGGGACGAGGCGGAACUCGGCUCAGGGUCGCACGUGCUCUGAGCAGCUUGGCUGGGGAGGCUGGGAGGACACCGCGGGGCGGGGCGCCGGUCCCUCCCGGACCAGCAGACUCUGACUCCAGUCUUGGGGUGGGAUCAGCUUCUGGAAGACAAACAAAACACACCCGUCAACUCUCCCACCGGUGCGGAGCCGGCGCGGCCUGCGGCUCGGCCUCACGCGCUCCCCCGGCUCCUGCUCCCUGCGUCCCUGCCCGAGGCGAGCGUGCCCGGGUGAGCCGAUUCCCGCGCCCCGCGUCUUCAGCGGCGCACACUGGCACUUGGGCUCUUGGCUCUCUAAUUCGGUGGGGGACGUUUUCUCCGCCGCGAUCGCAGAUCCCCCUCGGCCCUCACUUCUCAGUCAUCUGCCCCCAGCUCCGUUGUCCAGGUUCUGCGGCCUCCCCACCCGAACCCUUUCCUUUCCUUGGGUAGACCGAUUGGCUGCAGGUAAGGGACCGGGUGUCUGGGCCUUCCGCUCUGCUGGGAUCCAGGCAGAACCACCGUCUGAUCCUUAACACGUCCACGUCGGGACGGACUAGGGCGAUGCUCGCCACUAACUUCCCACUCGGGUCCCUCCACCCCCAUCUCUAACUCAAACACGAAGACGGCUCCCUUCUUCUCAGGGCGGCGCUUUCAUCCACUCCCGUCACUGCUCCCCUCAAGAGCUCCCCUCUGCACCCCGGCACCCUUCCUGAGCUUGUGGCCGCCAGGCACCGGCCCUCUUUAGGCGCCCCUCUCCACCCCCCAUACUGAGCGGCGCCCGCGCGCGGCGAGAAACUUGGGCAGAGAAAACCCACCGAGCAAUUUCUGCUUCCCGACCUUGUUGCGCGCCUGCCCCGCAGCUCUUCCACGUCCCACGGGCUACUGAUAUUUUAAAAGUGAGUGUUCCUUGGGUUGUGUGCGGAAAUGCUCAUUUUCAUUGCAUUUUAGGGGAUGCGGAGUUUUAGCAAGAUUAAGACUAAAGGGGAAUACGCAUCCCUUUCCGGGCGUGCACCUUUUUGGGGACUGUUGAGGUGGGCAGGAGUCUGAUUGGCCCAGCGCGUUGCUCCUCUCUCUCUCUCUGUCUCUCUCUCUCUCUCUCUCUCUCUUUCCCCUGGGAGGUCUCCUAUUCUAUUCCCAGAUUUGCAGUCUCUUUAGAUAAUAAAGGGCUCGCCGGGCAAA